AUGGAUCAAGCAGAUAUCCCCGCGCUGCUAUCGCGCAUGGCGAGCGACGAAGAUGCUUCGCGCAAAAUGGCAGUCUUCAAGUUGCAGAACUCUAUCAACGACCCGUCCUUUGCCGACGUGUUCAUUUCCUCGGGCGGACUGGUGGUUCUGCGACGCCUGAUCAUGACCUCCAGCGGCAACACACUGGCCUACUCGCUACAAAGCUUGACACGCUUGCUUGAGGUCGACAUGGGGUGGGAUAUCUUUGAAGGGCCGACCGCGAGCGACCUCGUCGAACGAAUCGUCGAAUUAAUCGUCAAGAAUCCGCUGGUCAACAUCCUCAGGGGAGCAAUGUCCAUACUGGUGUCGCUAGUGGGACAUUCACAAUCACAUACCGAGUCGAAUCAAACACCCGGCACAUUUGGGUUCCGCGCACUCAAACCAGCGGUAGCGGUCCACCCUCAGUUUCUGGAAUUGGUCAUCCAGCAACUGCAAAGUGCAGAUCACGCGCUGUGUGCGAGCGCGCUCAUGUUAAUCAAUGCGCUAAUACGAGAUGCGCUGUCAGGCGAGGUGUCUGCGAACAAGAUAUCACCGAUGACGGCAGAUGGCGAGGAUUGGUCCAUCAUGAUCAAGAAGUUGCAUGAUCUAGGUCUGAUCAAGGCCGUGUACAAUCUCAUGCGGAGCUCGACGCUACAAGACCUUGCACACCCCAUGCUGGAAUUCCAGUCGCUGACGAAAGUGCUCCUACGGAAAUGGCGUCAAGUCCACGUGGAUGUUGAGCGAACAGAACAUAGACGGGCGUUGAAGAGCCUGCAUCUCGCAAGCAACCCGGACCGAGGCCAUGUCAAUGGCCAUUCGAGGGAUGGCUCAAGCGAGCGGACUGGGAAGAGCAGCAAGCGACAUAACCCGGAGAAAUGGAGGCGGCUUGGUUUCGAGUCAGAGUCCCCCGCUGCCGAAUUUGGUGAUGCUGGCUACCUAGGUUUGAUGGAUUUGACAGACUAUGUACGAAGGCACGAAGAUGGGUUUCAGAAGCUUCUUCUCGAGCAAGCUUCGACACCGCUGCGGGACCGUUUACCCGUAGCGCAAGCCAGUAUUGCUGUCACCAUGAUUCUCUAUGAGCACUUCAGGGUGGAUAUGACGGACUUGGAGGAGACGCGGGGCUACCGCGGCAUUGAUAUGACGGACCAUGAGAUUCUCUUCCGGCCGCUGCUCCUUCAGUGGUCUCGUCUCCAUGCCUCCGGGCUUCACGGGUUUUUCCGGGUGUGGAAAGCCACCGACGCCAAGUACGGUGACUUUGACAAGGUUGCUGAGCUGGUGCGCAUCUUGAUCGAACAGGUUGUGGGGCAGGCGACGCGGACAAAGGACUUACUGGAAGUUGAGGAUGACCUGCAAGAGUACGACGUACCGAGACUUCGUGAGCUGCAGAUGAGUCUUCUGAAGCUGUCGUUCGAGGAGAAGUGGGGUCAGCACCUGGUACAGGCUCGUGAGGAGUUGAAGCAGGAGGCUUUGCACUUUGUGAAAGAACAGCGAGUGCGAUGUCUUCUCGAUGGAUCUUGGUUCGAGCGGCCGGCCGCUCAGAACUCGAGUGGUCUGCCGUGGCGGUACGCCAAGCUAUCGCAUAACAAGCGAUACCUGCACUACGCCGACUUCCACCAGCAAACAGCACACGACCCUGUGCUUGGCACAUUACCAGAGAGGGUGGCUCUCAACGCGAUCAGUUCCGUCGUCUCAAAUGUGUCGGCCAGCGACGAUAUUAGGAGCAUCACAAGCGGUUCGACACUCAAGCUGCAACACGCACCAAAGUCGACGACCAAGAUAACGAUAAACACGGAAGUGGGUGGCAAGGAGCAGGUCAUGCUUACCCUAUGGCCAACGAGCCACAGCCUUGCUUCGGAAUGGCUUGACGGGUUGUUGAUGUUGCUUGGGCAGGCCCCAAUCACCGCAGAGACGAACAAGCUGAUCAACCUGGUGAGUGACUAUGGCCUCAAGAUCAGGCUCCUCAACGUCAGGAUGGACGCGGCGUUCGAAGGGCCGCCACCAGGGGCAGGUGUGGUGCCCAGUCGGACGGACCUGGAUGAGGACUAUUUCUUCGAGGUGUAG